AUGAUUGCAUGGACAAGUGUUUGCCUGCUAUGUCUGGCAUGGACCCUCUGGCUGGAUCCAUCACAUGCCGCAGAUGUCAGGGAGGACUUCCUAGAGGAGCUCAGCGGCGUCUUCACCGACGCCAGCCAGAUCCAGGAUGGCGACACCAACCGUGACGUUCUAGAGUUUCGCAUCCGACGUGUGGAUGUCCCGGCAUUACAACCUGCUCUGGCUCUGUACUUUGUGGAGCUAAUCAAAGGACAGCCGUUCCGGCGAACUGUUUUGGGCGUGUCGCCCGCUGUCGGCAAGAAGCUUCUCGUGGUUCAGUAUAACAUUUCUGAGUCAAAAUACCCUAGCUCUAAGGAACUUGGCCCGGCUGACCUCUCGACAUUGACCCUUGACGACCUUGAGACUAGACCACAGUGCAACGCCAUCUUCCAGCUGCUGAUACCCACCGUCUACAGUGGAAACUGGGCAGACUGCCGCCAUCUUGUUGAAGGGGAGCACCCACUGUACCUGUUCACAAUCACCUGUAAAGGCAUAAAUUUAGAGCCGCCUGUAGGAGCUGCUGAGAAGUCAGCGAUUGUACCUUACGAGCUAAAGAGAGUUGUCGACAGCCCCCAGCUCACGAACAAGCGGCCCGCUGAUGUGUCCCCAUGUGACAGCCAACAGUAA